UGAACGUGGCUGGCAUGAGUUAAGAGGUUGUGCCAUCGGUAAACUAGUGCGUGCGUUUGUGUGGCUAUAUUUUUUGCUACUCGGAGAAAUAUAAUUACGGUUGAUAAACUACAAUUGGGAGGUUAAUUGGUCUCAUAAUCCAAUCUGACCAAUGUGCAGUCUUGAAGAAGAAUCAUUGCGCCACAUUUUAAUCAUGCAUGGAGUGUGCCUUCGCCGUACAGCUAGCUAGCUAGCUACCUAGCCCUCGUCAUCUGCUUCUCGUUGGCGCGAUGGGUUAUCGAAAUAUGAUGAGGCUCCUGUACCUCGUCAUCUGCUUCUCGCUGGCGGCAGCAGCAGCAGCAGCAGCGUCGUCGUCGUCGUCUGGAUCAUCUGCGUGCAGCGGCAGCGACGACACCGCAUACAGCUUCCCCCCAAAUCGUAGCGAGGAUACCUUGGCGCUGCUCCAGGACGCCGAGGUCAGUAAUGGCAUCCUCCGCCUCAUCACGCCCGCGGCCUCCGGCAACAACUCCGGCGGCACCGCGCUCCGGCCAGCUCCCGUCACGCUCCGGUGCGCCGACUCGCUGGGGGUGCCGCAAGACGCGUCCUCCUUUGAAACUGCCUUCGACAUCAGCGUCCAGCGUGAGGAAGCUGCAGCGAGCAACAAGAGCGACGGUGGUGGCCUUGCGUUCGUCAUCGUCCCCACCAUCAACGGCGUGUCGCCGCCGGGACGCAGCUCCGACGGCGAACGCUUCUUCGCCGUCGUGUUCAACUUCAGCAUCGACGGCAACCGCGUCGGCGUCAGCAUCAAGAAUGGCAGUAGCACUAUCGUCAUCCCCGAGCAGGCUGUCCCGCUGUCGCAUGAUCUGAACAUGAACGCGACGACGAACAACUACACGGCGUGGAUCAACUACAAGUACAAGCGCUACGAACUCCGCAUGUCGAUAUGCAUGGAUUUUCAUGGCCGACCAAAACCAGACAAAACCUGCCUCGAAUGGCCCCUCAACCUGAGCAGCUACGUUCCUGAUAGAGCAUUCAUUGGGUUCUCGGCGUCGUCAGGAUCGUCGGCCAUGGCGCUCCAUCGCUAUUCUAUCUUGAGCUGGGACCUGAAAGUGAAGCUAGCUUCCUCAGGCGGCCUGGACAUCGAGUGGAAGGUGAUACUGCCCGCAGUUCUUGGCACGAUCGCCAUUACCGCCAUCAUGAACGUGAUAGUGGCCGCCCUGUACUUCAACUCCAAGUACAGGAAGCUGAAAAUGGAGCUGGUGCUGACGGAGGCGCUCCGGCGGCUCCCCGGCACGCCGAGGGAGUUCAAGCACUCCACCAUGAGGAAGGCCACCAACAACUUCGACGAGGGCAGGAAGCUCGGCAGUGGCGGCUUCGGCGCCGUGUACAGGGGCACGCUACGGUCGUCAUCGUCGUCAGCCGGCGGCGGCAAGGUCGUCGACGGGAAGACGACGGUGUCCGUGGAGGUGGCCGUGAAGAAGUUCACCCGCGACGAGAAGCGGUGCUACGACGACUUCCUCUCCGAGGUCGACAUCAUCAACAGGCUACGCCACCGGAACGUCGUGCCACUUGUUGGUUGGUCAUACGCGAAUGGGGAGCUGCUGCUGAUAUACGAGUACAUGCCCAACGGCAGCCUCGAUCAGCAACUGUUUCCCAAGGAGAAACCCCCCGGACGCGUGCUUCCAUGGGCAAGGCGCUACAGCAUCGCCAUGGACGUGGCGGCGGGGCUCCACUACGUGCACCACGAGCACGAGCACAUGGUGCUCCACCGCGACAUCAAGGCCAGCAACAUCCUCCUCGACUCCGCCUUCCGCGCCCGCCUCGGCGACUUCGGCCUCGCCCGCGUCGUCGGCCUCGACAAGAACUCCUACACCGACCUCGGCGUCGCCGGCACCUGGGGCUUCAUCGCGCCGGAGUACUCCGUCAGCCACAAGGCCACCCGCAAGACGGACGUCUACGCGUUCGGGGUGCUGCUGCUCGAGAUCGUCACCGGCAGGCGAGCUCUCUGCAAGCUCCACGGCACCUUCCAGCUGCUCGCCGACUGGGUGUGGCGGCUUCACCGGGACGGGGCGCUCCUCGACGCCGUCGACAAUGGCGUUGUCUCCACGGAGGAGUUUGACGCGGAUGAUGCCACCAGGCUGCUGCUGCUUGGGCUGGCUUGCAGCAACCCUAACCCGUCGGACCGGCCGAGCAUGACGGAGGUGGUGCAGGUGGUCGCCAGAUCGGCGCCGCCGCCGGACGUGCCGCUAGUCAAGCCAGCGUUCGUGUGGCCGCCGGAAGACGGGAACUCCGAUGACGUCAACUCAACGGCGAGCGAUCUCGAUGCGAGCCUAAGCCUGAAUGGAUGGGAGGAGACGUCGAGCAGCGAAUCCCUUGCGUCAGACAUCGCCAGGAGGGCAAGGUAUGGGCGCUUUAAUUAGCCAGCGCAAUGGAGAAGAGACUACAGCUCAGUCCUGCUCUGUAGCUGCUGUAGAUGUGUAAUUAUUUUUGCUUUGCAGAGGAAAACAAGCAACGUUGCCAGCUGCGCGAUUACGCGGCUAGCAACCGCUAUGAACUUAUGUAUACUUUCUUCUAAAAUAAUUGAUAAAAAGAUGGCUCUGUCUUACUUA